CCCUCGUUCCGCCGGCCGGUGCCUGCCUCCCGGCAUAUAUGUACGUGCGUGUGCUGCAGAACGAACACGGGCGCCCCGCGCGUGAACUUUAUUUCGCCCGCAUUCUGCCGGUGCCUGCGCUAACGCCCUCGGCACUACGCUCGGACGCGCCUCCUGGGGCGGGCACCACGGUGCCUGUGACGCACCGGGCAGAUCCUCUGCUCCACACCCCGACCGGUGUCCCCUAUCCCGACCGGGCCUGCUUUGGCGUGCGUUGGCAGGCGCCGGCCUUAGGCUUGGCUGGCACUGCUUCCUGCUCACCCCGCCCCGUCCCAGGUUCUCUGCCGCUGCCUCCCACGGCCUAUUGUCGGAUCGGGGACACAGGCACGCACGCAGAUCGCCCGAUACAGGUCAAUCCAUGCAGAAUUGGCCCGUCUGUCUGACUAGACGGGCGCUGACGUCUCGUGGAUCUCUCACACCCUCACGCACCGGGGUUUCCUUCUGCGCUGCUCCCCGACCCUCUUCACCGUGCUCGAUCCGGCUCGUCUGCGCUUGUCACCGCUGGUCUGGUGUCGGACCGGCUUGGCGUGCCCGU